AUGGCGGAACAUAAUGGUUUCCACCGUCUAUCACAUGGCCAUAACGAUCUAGUGCUUGCAACUGCCUUUAACCUGUAUGGAACUCGCAUGGCCACAGCCUCUUCGGACCACCGCGUCAAAGUCUGGGACUUGCACGAAGCCACAACUCAAUGGAUCGUGACCGAUGUCUGGACAGCUCACGACGCCGAAGUCACGGACGUGAGAUGGAACGGUCCCUACGUAGGUGAACACAUAAGCACCAUUGGCGAAGAUGGCCUACUGCGUCUGUGGGAAGAGGAUCUCACACAAGCUCCUGGGUCUGGAAGGAGGUUCAAGAAAGUCUUCGAGCUGGUUUCCCCGACGGGCGUACCAUUCAUGUCCCUGGACCUCAAAAACAUUGGAACCGAGACUUAUCUGGCGGCCGCCACGCGAGAUGGCUAUCUGAUUGUCUGUGAACCUGAAGACCACGAUGACCUCUCUGCUUGGAAAGUGCUUUGGUCAGAAUACCUCUGCAUGACACCUUCACGCGCAGAGGAGACUGGCUUCAGACUAAGCUGGCAUAAAGAGAAGCUGCCAGCCUGGCCCGCAAUCCUCGCCGGUCUGGAUCGCAAGAGUCUGAGUCUUGCGGUGGCGGUGGGGAACGUUGUCAAGAUCUUCCGUUCCGACCACGACCGCAAGCUCUACACUGCUGCUGUGCUAGAAGGCGCGAAAGAUCUGGUACGAGACGUCAGUUGGGCGAACGGCAGCUGUCGUGGUCACGACCUCAUAACUUCCGCUAGCAGAGACGGCUGCAUAAGGAUCCAUGAACUGCAUACGCCUGGGGCCGUAUCGCUGCCGAAGUCCGCCACUAUCACGUCCGUGGCGAGCCGCCAGGAAGCAGGUGUUCGCACACCGACGACGAAAGCCACCACUACCUCUGGCAUCGGUGCAGGACUCGCAGGAGCAAGAAAUAAGCGGAAGGAUGUCACUGCCCAGCCUGCUGGAGUGGUGAAGCAAGAAGCCAAGCUCGUUGCAGAACUGUCAACGCAUAGCGGAGCACCCUGGCGUGUGAACUGGUCUCCAAUGGGCGAUCUACUGAUUUCGAGCGGUGAUGACGGGAUGGUGAAAGUAUGGAAGAAGGCUAUGGAUGGGAAGUGGUUGGAAGCUGUAGAGAUAGACGCACUAAGGGAUAUCUGA